AUGAGUUCAGACGCCGUCAAUUCGAACGACGAAUCUAUUUCACUCGAUAACUCUACCGAUAUCAAAGGCUCAGCUCCUUCAAGCCCUACCGACUCAGCCAAUAAGGUCAGAACGCGAAACAAACUUACCGACCCUUCGGAUCCAUCAGAAAUUGUGUACGAUCCUUUCCUCUGCUGGACGUACCUGAAAGAGUAUCACAACCGAAUUUCAGAAGACAAACUCGAAGCAGUCACUCGUACACUCUAUUCCUCUCAAAUUUCUAAAUCUGAAACUCUUACCGCCUUUGUUGAUAGAUUUGAAAAUCAAAUUCGUGAAUUCUAUCGCCUGAAGGGCGAGUUGUCUGAUGCUCAGUCAGCCAGAAUGUUGCUAGGAGCUAUUACCUCAUUGUCAAUUGAAACAAAAGAGUACAUUCAUAAUACUGUUGUACCAUUGACUCGAGAAGACGUUGGAAGGUAUCUUAGGAAUUAUGAAGAACGUCAUGGUUGGACUACAUCAACAAUCAAAGAAGUUCAUGCUGUCAUGGCUAAAUCAUCAAAGAAAGAAUGUACUGCCGAAGAAUGUUUUGGUCCUCAUAUGGCUAAAAACUGUUGA